AUGUACUGCUCCACCUGCUCGGUUCUAUUCGCCCUGGUCGGCAUGGCCUUCGCCUUGCCGCUGGCUAAGGAAUCCGCCAAGGACGCCUCCUUCGGUUGGUUUCUUGUUGUUUUUUCUUUGUUCUGCUACUUUUGUCAUGCCGUUUUCACUUGCUUGAACUUCCUUUAAAUCUUCUCUUUUUACCUCACUGGAUUCUUUAAAAUGUCCCUUAGUGCGAUAUCGCUUUAGUUACAGCUUCUCAGACCUUCUGAACCUUCAGGAAUGUCAAAACUGUCCCUAAACGCGAUAACGCCCUAGCUACAGCUUCCUUAGAUCUUCUGAACCUUCAGGAAUGUCAAAACUUUCUCUAAACGCGAUAUCGCUUUAGCUACAUCAUCCUUAGAGUUUCCGUACCUUUAGAAGUGAAAGAUUGUACCUAAAUGCGAUAUCGCUCUGGCCACAGCUUCCUUAGACCUCCUGAACCUUCAGAAUUGCCAAAAAAAAAUGUCUCUUAAACCUCUUAAAUGUAUUGCCUCCAAAUUUUGUUCGGACUUCAAUUUUUAAGCUCUCAUAAUAACUUCCAAGCCUUCCUAAUUUCCUAAUACGUCUAGGAGACUUUUUUGAGUAUCCUGAUAGUUUCAAAACAAAAUUGCCAUUUAUUUCGAUGAAUUUUAAUUUUCCAGUGGUCCUCAAUAGACACUCAUUGCUUAACUUCGAUGCUACAAAUCCAUUUUUAAAGAUAUUAGCCCUUCAGAGCUUUCGCAAAAAUGUACUACCUUACUUAUCCCUUAUAAAGAACCUUAUUACAAUCUCGCUUGAGAGCCUCUGAAUCCUUGAAGGUUAAUUGACAAAGUCUAGCCUUUUGGCGUUGACUUCAUUAUCUGAAUUUUUCUCUCUGGAACCCGAAAAAACGACAUGAAAAACUAUAAAGAAGUCCUUUACCUAGGACACUUUCCUUUCUCCCAAAGUCAUCCGAUAACUCUCUCAUGUCCUCAAUUUCCAGAAUCCUUCCCCUUCGAAAGCUUCGACGGUCACUUCGCCAACAUGGAGGUCGACGGCGUCGAGAUGCCUCUACCCAAGAAGACGGAAAAGUUGCCCGGCCAGAAGAAGACGUCGAAAUCCGCCUUCGAUAAGCAACCGAUCGGCGUGGCGCCAGAAUUCACCGGCUCUUUCAUCAAUGAAGAUUCCGACGACGGCAACAAGAAGACCAAGUCUUCCGAGUCCGACGACGACUACUUCUCCGAGGUCCAGGGGCCAGUGACGAACCCAGCUGCGACCUACCUCGAAGGCGGCAACUUUGACAAGGUUAGGGUGUUUGAAGACUAUCGGGACUUUAGGAUAGUAUCUAGCUAAGCUCCACUUGUUCUAGGCUGUUCUGAAUCUUCUAAGGGUAGCCAUGCCAAAUUAGCUCAACCGAACUUGUCUAGCCAUACGAAACUUGUUCUGAAGCCUGCUUAGACGUACCGAUUCAGACCAGUUAACUCAGCCGAGCUUGUUCUGCUAGUCUAGCGUAGCCAUGCCAACUUAGUUCAGCCGAACUUGUUUAACCGUACCAAACUUGUUCUGAAGUAUACUUAGCCGUACCAAUUCAGACCAGUUAGAUUAGCCAAGCUUGUUCUGCAAGUCUAGCGUAGCCAUACCGACCUAGUUAGGACGAACUUGUUUAGCAACACCAAAAUUGUUCUGAACCUUGUCCAAACCGAUUCCGACCAGUUAGCUUAGCCGAAAUCAUUUUGAGCUUUCAGACCAGCCUGUCAGAAGUAAAAAACACUGUAGCCAUACCAAACUAUUCUCCCUCAAACCUAAACCCUCCGAUUCCAGGUCCCGGCCCCAAAAUGCCAGAUGCUCGGCUGCACGGGCCCAGUCCCCAACGACGGCAGCUACGCCGUCCUCAGCACUGCCGUCGACAACAAGGCCUGCGGUCAGACUUUCGUUCCUCUGAACGGCUGCACCGACAACAAGGGCUACCCGAUGGGCAUGCUGUGCAGCAUUUGCUGCGACUGCGACAACUCUUUCGUCGCCGAGAUGAAGAAGACGUUCGGAUACCGUGAGGGCUUCACCAGCUCCUCCUAA